GCAUACUAUAUGGAUACAAUUAAGCUGAGUUGGUCAACUUAAACAGUGCUCAAGUCCUUGGACAUCUUUACUCUCCAUGAUGAGUCUCACCAUCCUGUUCUUACUGGUAACUUUGAUGUUACCAACUUUUUCAGCUCAAGGAGGCACCUCUAAAUGCUGUCUGAAAAUCGACAAAGCUAAGGUUCAUCGAACAUUCCUGAGGAGUUACUACGAGAAAAAUGAUCCAAAAUUAUGUUCUGUACCUUCAGUGGUAUUUACCACAAUGACAGGGAAAAAACUCUGUGCUGACCCCAGCAAGAUAUGGACAAAGACCAGCAUGGCCUAUCUGGAUGGAAAGAACUGGCGGAAAAGACAAACUACUUUCAAAAAGAAUCUGAAAAAUUGAUCAAACUAAUCCCACUAUUGAAACAAUAAUGGUAUCCCAUUUAAUUCCCUGCUGUUUUAGUUUAACUACCCAUCAGCUUUGCAGUGUUCCACAUUUUGGUAAAAUUGUAUAAUCUAUUGCAGUGCAUUUGACUUUUGACAAGUUUUGUUGCCGAUGAAAAUUGAUACUUUAACUGCAAAAUGAUCAACCUAAGGACAGUCACAGUGUAAUGGUUGCAGUUCCCUAAUCAUGAGUUUUAAAUCAGGGUAAAUUAUAGAUUCACAAAGCUACAAUCGCUUUUGCGUCACCUAAUGUUGAUGCUGUUACGUGUUUAAUUUAUGUAAUAUCACAAGCUCUCACACUCGUGGGACAUAAGAGUGAGAAAACCUCAACUAAUUGAAAACUAAAGAGUAUACCCUAAUAGCACCAUUUUUUAAAUGUAAAACAUUGUGCUAUUUUUUGUAUUAAAAAAAUAGCACCCAAUUUAUCUCAAAUUCCAAACCCAACUCAUCAGCGGUCUGGCAAUAUGAUGAAUUUUUGCCCACAACAAUGACCAUUGCUUUCCACUUCCCCUCACAGGACGGUUUGACACGUUAGACUAAGGGCUAACCAGAUGGAGGCUUGCAGUCAGUGUAUUUCCAUUGGUGUUCUAACACUAUGAUGUGUGAAGUUCUAAAGAAAGAAAAAAAAAGGUUUGCUCUCAGUAGGCUGAGAGAGAAAGUACAGCUGUGUGUCAGUGUGGUGCAGUUGGGGGAUGUUUAAGGGGCUGAGAAUGGAGAGCAUUUGAGGUUGUUGCAAUGUUUGCUAAAACCAAACUCUAAUGGGUUUUUCCCACCCCCUGUAUAAAUUAUAAGCCCACCCUUUUUAUUAUGUGUAUGAUGGAGAAUCUGAAUGCAAAAGGUGAAUUACCU